CUAGGGCGUCCCCCGGAAGCGAGCGCACUCGAGCCUGAAGCGUGCGAAAAAUGGGCAAGGGCCACCGUCUUACAAAGAGCGGAAACGGAAGCACUUCGAUUAGCUACCAUCAAUGUCGGAACUCUCACUGGACGACAUCGAGAUAUAGCAGAUCUUCUGAGAACGGCGAGUGGAUAUAGCCUGCAUACAGGAAACAAAAUGGAAGGUGGAAAAUCACGCGAUAUCGGCUAUAAGAUGGCUAUAAGCUUUUCUACAAUGGCACAAGCAGCAGUCGCAAUGGAGUAG